AUGGCUGACAAGACAUCUUUCCUCGAAGCCACUAAAGCUCGCCGCUCCCUCUACUCUCUCAGCAAAGAAUCUACCAUAUCGAAUGACCGUAUCAUUUCCAUCGUUGAGCAUGCGAUCCGGUAUGCACCUUCACCUUUCAAUGCUCGCUCUUGCAGAUGCAUCGUUCUCUUUGGAGACGACCAUGACAAGCUCUGGGAGAUGGGCGCUGCAGCCAUUCAAAGAUGCAUGCCUAUGGCUGUAGAUAUUCUGAUUCCCAAGGUUCAGGGCUUUCGUGCUGCAUACGGCACUAUCUUGUUCUUCGAGGAUGUAGAGUCAGUCAAGGAACUUAACCCUCGAUUCGCAAAGAUGUCUGAGGAGAAUCCUGAAUGGUACGAUCACAGCAGCGGAAUGCACCAAUACGUUGUCUGGACAGCUCUCGAAGCCGAAGGUCUUGGAUGCAACCUUCAGCACUAUCAAGGCAUGAUGCACGACGAAAUAUACGCACAGUGGAAGAUCCCAGAGACUUGGCAAGCAAAAGCUCAACUUGUGUUUGGAAAGCCGUUGGCAGGCCCUUUAGUGGAUAAGGAAAAGACUUUUAGGGAUAUCAAAGACUGUAUCAAAGUUUAUGGUCAAUAG